AUGGCAAACCACCCACGUACAGUUUUGAUCACAGGUUGCUCCAAGGGUGGUAUUGGACAUUCUCUUGCGAGCUCAUUUCAUGAUGCGGGGCUGCUCGUUUUUGCCACGGCUCGUGAGCUAAGCUCUAUGGAAGACUUGGCGAUACGAGGAAUCAAAACCUUCAGCCUAGAUGUUACUUUGCCGGAAGACGUCCAGAGGGUGCGACAACGAAUCGAGGAGUUUACUGAACAUGGAUUGGAUUUUCUGGUAAACAAUGCACUAAGAUCUGUAGACUGCACGGUUCCAUCUGUCGAUGUUGCAGAUGACGAUAUACAAUCCACGUUUGAGACGAAUGUGUUCUCUGUGAUGCGGAUGGUUAGAGAAUUCACCCCUCUCCUCAUUCUAGCCAAGGGGACUAUCAUAAACAUUGGUUCAGUGGCUGCUGUUAUUCCCUAUGUUUUUAGCGGUAUUUACAACGCAUCAAAGGCUGCACUCCAUGCUUACAGCAACACUUUGCGACUUGAGUUAGCCCCCUUUGGCGUCAAAGUGAUGAUCGUUGUUACGGGAGGUAUCAAAAGCAGAAUAACUCGGACUAAACGGACUCUCAAUGAGAACAGCAUCUAUCUACCCAUCUCUGAUGCAUUUGAACGUCGAGUUACACAUUCACAAGAAGGGGCUAUGCGCAAUGAAGAUUAUGCUCGCUGUGUUGUCAAUCAGGCUUUACAAGCGAAACCUCCUCGUUGGCUUUGGCAAGGAAACAAAUCGUGGAUCAUUUGGUUUCUGGACUCAUUUUUCCCGAGGAGCAUUUGGGACUGGGUGCUGCCUUCUUUGUUUGGAUUGGACCGACUAUACAAGAGGGAUCGUCAAUCAUGA